UUGCUAGGAUCCGAAGGCAAAAAAAAAAAAAAUGCCACUAGUGGCACUAGUCUAGUCUAUACUACAAUCUAGAUCUAGAUUCUUUACACCCUCUAGUCUAUAAAUACUAUACAGAUAUCUACCCUAUAAUCUAAAUGAGGCUCAACAUGUUUAAACCAGAUUUGGUUUAUGAAAGAAUAAGGACAGUGCUCCUUCAUAUAAAGCCACUAAACAAUCAACACUUGUCAACAAGCCAGUUGUUCAGCACAAUAAAAGACUUAAGAAAUUCAUCAAUUAUUGUAGAGCCUAAGACAGCCAUAUUUGAUGAAAAAGUCAAAAUUGAUCUGUGUGGGCUUCCUCCUGGAGAAAGAGUUACUCUUCAUGGAGAGGUGAUCCAGGGUGAGAAACAGAUUAUCUAUGCAUCUUGUGGUCAUUACACAUCUGAUCCUGUUGGAUUCAUCAGUGUUAGUCAGCAUUCCAGUGAGGGUGGAACAUAUACAGGUAUUGAACCAAUGGGAGUAUUCUGGAGUAUGAAGCCUGCCCCUGGCCAGCCUCCAAACACUAGGAUGCCACUUAGUUCAACAAGCCUACCAUGUGUCUACAACCUGAAAGUUUAUCAAGGCCACCUCAGUCUCGAUUCCAUUUACAACAGCAAAUUGGCACUAAAUGUUCUAGCAACUUCUCAGCAUGAACGCUGGUUGAAAAAACCAGGAGUGACUAGAAUAGAGGUGGAUGAUCCAAAAGUUAGGGGAGCUUUCUACCUUCCACCAGGUGAUGGUCCAUUUCAAGGUGUUAUUGAUAUGUUUGGUUCCCGAGGUGGUCUGACUGAGUAUAAAGGAGCACUUCUUGCAUCCCAUGGCAUGGCUGUUCUUUGCUUACCUUACUUUAAGUACAAAGACCUGCCAACCAACAUGAUGGAAAUGGAUUUGGAUUACUUUGAGGAAGCUGUGAACUGGUUACUCAGGCAACCCAAAGUGUCCACUAAGGGAUUAGGUGUGGUGGCCAUAUCUAAAGGAGUUGAGAAUGCUAUGGCCAUGGGUGCUUACCUCCCUCAAGUGACUGCAGUUGUUUGUGUCAAUGGCUUCCCUUUUAUGACAAUAAGUGACCUUGUCAGCAAGGGUCAAGUUCUUCUGAAAGGAGCACAAGUCAGCCCAGAGUUAAUCAAAUUUACAGAUGAAGGACUUGAUAUCAUGGAAAUUUACCCUAAUCCAAGUGAAAUCAUUCCAAUAUGGAAAGGCAAAGCUAAAUACCUGUUCUUAAAGAGCCUGGAUGAUUUUCAAAUGAAACCGGACCUUCACUUAGAUCUCCUGGCUGUUUGUCCAGAAUCAAAGAAAAGAGACAUUGAAGUUGUUCAGUACCCAGGAGCUGGCCACUUGUUAGACCCUCCAUAUAUUCCUUUAUGUCGAACAGCUUUCAAUGCAACAGUAGGUGCUGAAAUGAAGUUUGGAGGCCAACCUAAAGAGCAUGCAUAUGCACAGGAAGAUGCAUGGAGAAAGACAAUAGAGUUUUUAAAAAAUAAUAUUCCUUCAUCCUAAAAUUAUUUGGUAUUACUCUUAGGUAACAACAUCAAGCCAUCAUGUUAAAGUGUAUUUUAUGCAAUUUUAAUGUAACAUUUGUCUCUUGAAAACCCAUUAUCAGUACUGUACAGAAAUAUUUAAGUUUAACUUUCUGCUGCUGAUCCAAAGAUGAUAGGUUUGAGUCCUGGUAAAGAAACCAGUAAUUUAUUUGUGAUUCAAGGUCUGCACAGCUUUAUUCAGCAUGAAUGGGUACCUGGCCUCAGCUGUAGAAGAUAAGACUGGUUAAUGCAGACCUUGUCACUUGUUGAAUUAGAAACAGGCGAAGCUCACAUCAUCUGCCUGAAUACUGCUGGCCUUCAAAGGAUAUUUCUUAUACAUGCAAUGCAAUUAAUUUAUUUAUUAUGAUGCCAUAAUAUUUUAAUUUUGUAUGAUUAAAUUUAUUGGAACAAUGGAA